UAUUUGGACGUAACUGAAAAUCCAGCACCGCACAUGACUGACGUGUAGCUAAAAGAAGCAAAAAGGUAAAAGAGUAAAGUGCACUUACAAGCUGAACCAAGUUAAAUCUCAUCCAUUCUCUCAAAGUCACCUCUGUACAUACACCCUCACCCCCGCUACCCCACCCCACCCCACCUCAAACUCUGAUGGAGAAGUUGCCACCUGAACUUUUUCUCAGAAUUUUCUGUCUCUUGGAUCACCGUAAUCUUGCAGCUGCUCAAUUGGUUUGCAGGAGGUGGAAAGUCUUGGGUUCAGAUAACAACUUAUGGUGUGAUCUCUUCAUAGAGAGAUGGGGAUCAGAUCAAGCCACUUUUUAUGCCCCUUCAGAUUCCAAGCCAUGGAAACAUGUCUAUAUGGUUCAAGAUCGUUGUGAUCGCAAUGGACUGGGAUUGAAGAUUAUAAGGGAAGGAGAUGAUUACUACCUUAUACACCAGGGGGAAAUUCAGAGACAUUUAGGUUCAAGAACAAUGAAAAUUGAAGAUAUAUCUCAUUCACCUGACUAUAAAGAUGAUAAGGAGGAACCUAAUUUAAGCAUAUUGGACAAGAUCCUUUUCUUCAUUGGGGACUUGGAAUCUGCUAAUAUCCAGGCUAAACGAAGCAGAUUGGUGUAAAGAACUUUUCUUUUUUCAAUAACGAUAGUAUCUGAAUCAGUUUAUGUGCACCUUGAUUAUUUUGGAUGGCUCUGCCAACCGAAGCUUAGGCAAAUGUGAAGAAAUCGCUUUAACAUUUUUUUGUAUCUUCAUCGUAUUUUUAGUUUUGUGUAAUGGUAAUAUUUCAAUAUUUUUGUAAGUGUUUGUAUGCAAUAUGAUGUAUUCAUUAAUCUUUGAAUGUAAUUUUAAGUCCCAACUUCGUCUGUAUCCAAGUACAUUGUAGUUAUUGAAGGAAAUUUUCUUUCUA